GAUGAUGGCGUGAUCCUUUUAUGGGUUUGGUUAAAGAAGGAUUUAUCUCAUAAUCGGAAAAUCGGAACUGUUCGGUGCGCUGUGGUUCUGUGUCACUGUAGUUCUGUGGCUGUGGUCAUCCUUGCGCUGUGGUGGUCCCUCACCCUCACCUCACCUCACCGUCCUCCUCACCACUCUCACUAUCAUUCAUGUUCCCUUUUUCCUCUUAGGUUGGCGUUGUGUAAAUAAAGUUCACAUGUGAUAGAAGUUCCUCUGGAAUAAUGGGAAAUCAUCAUGGACAUCACAAAUCGGCGGAUAACACCCCGACUUCUUUCGGGUCGGCUGACAACGCUUCCAGGAAAAGUAUCCCCAGGAAUGGUUCUGCAAACGAUCUCCAAGAGAAGCCUUUAGACCAAAUGUUGCCUGUCGAAAGACUGGCCAAGAUUUUAACAGAAAAAGCCCAAACAGAAGAUAAUGUCAAUGGAGUAACCCAAAAUGUUUUCUAUCGGUAUUUGUUCCCAAAAUAUCCCCAGCUUGCCGACAAACUAUUCAAAUAUUUCCUGGAAAAUUCAAAGUCAACAAAGGAAUACAUUCCGACGUCUAGUUUUAGGCAACAAUGCGAAAAGUACUUAGCAAUUUUAGAUGAUAGUGUCAUAUUAGACAUUUGGGUUAAAAUGUGGUCUACGUUUAGUGAAGAAAAGGGUAGCCACCAAAUGACAUCAGAACAGUUUUCGGCUCUGCUUAUGUGCGCCUACGUUGUCAGCAUGGACCAUUACUCAGGCGGUCCACAGAUGUGUUUGUCAAUAAAUAAAACGCUCAAAGCUGUGGUUGAUGGUUGUUUUCAUCAGAAACAAAGCCUCUCUUCUCAAUAUGUUGCUCAUUGGUUGGCAGACAAUGUUUUUCGUUUGCUAUUGCCUUUACAUAGAUAUGCUGUGCAUUCAAUUGCAACGGCUUGGAGGCUUAUUGAACAAAAUGAACAACCAGAAUCUACAGGAGUUGAGCAUACUUUGCCCAUGACUCCAACAGGUCUAGAAUUAACCACUCCUGUGUUAGAACAGUCCGGCCCUUUUGGACAAGGCAAGAAUCCCCAUCCUCACCUUCUAACCAUGAGCAUGUCUUGGUUAUUAGCUGGAGCUCUGCCAGCUUUGUAUUCCAGACCGCAGAGGGCCAGUUCACCCAAUAGUAGUGCAGCAGGCAGUAGGCGUACAAGUGCAGGUUUAGCCAGUGUGUCAUUUCUCUCAAAAAUCGCUUGUGCCAUACCCUCACACUGGGCUUUGAUCUACGACUCCGACGAAAAUGGACUUGGUGCUAAUAGGUUCUUGCAUCAUGUGCUUGGCUAUAAGGGACCUACUUUGGUCAUCUUUAAGGUUGAAAAUAAUCAAAAAUUUUGUAUAGCUUCUCCUUGUGAAUGGAAAGAGUCUCAUCACUAUUGGGGAGGUGAAGGUGCUUCUGUCUUCCAACUUUUACCCAAAUUUCAGCUAUUAGAAAAAGGCGAGGAAAAAGGUCAAAAACUCAUUUACCUAAAUACCUCAGUCCGUGGAUAUCCGCAAGGACUAAGAGCAGGUUCAGAUCCUAGAGCCCCUAUUAUAACAGUAGAUGGAGGUUUCGAGAAAAUAGAAUGGCAAAAAAUCCCAUAUUACAUUGAAACAAUUGAGGUAUGGGGCUGUGGAGACCAAGUGCAAAGAGAGCGACAGCUGGAAGUGAAAAAAUGGGAGGUCAAAGAAGCUGAGAAACAAAGAGCUGUCAAAUUAAGUGCAGCUGAUUGGUUAGAUCAUCCUGAUAGAUAUUUGCUAGAGCUUGCAGGCAGGCCACAAUAUCACCAGAACCAGACUUAGUGCCAAAUAUUGUUAAUUUUAGGCUGUUAUGCAACUAGAAAUUGUUCAGAAGCUGCAUUUAAACCUAAAUGUAUUGUUGUACUAAAUAAUUACAGGAAAAUUCGGCCUUAAGAAAGAGUAUUGAAUUGUUAGUGUUUUUCUACAAAUUGAGGCACAACACUGUAAAUAUUUGAUAUUAAUUUAAAAAAUCCAAAGAACUGUCAGAAAUGUGCCUUAAGAUUUUUUUGUACUUAAUGUUUUGUGUACAAAAAUAUAGGUACUACUAAGAUUAAGUCUUUUUAGGCAGUAGAUUUGUUUGUGGUUCUUUGGAUAAAUAUUUUUAGGUAAAGGACAUAGUUUAUUGUCUUAGGUAAUGUGAAACACUUUAGUGAUAUUUUACUUAAUUUUUAUGGUUUUAACUUAAUUAAGGACUCUUAAAAACAAUUAAGAAACUGAAUUAUAUUAAUAAUAAUCAUUGUAUGGAA